GUCGUGAUUGUCCGUCAGUUCUUCACCGAUUCUCAGACCGGCAACUAGUUGUUGUUUUAUAUCUCUUCUCCUUGUCUUGACAUUCCACUCGUGUUCAGUAUUCUAUUAAAACUCAAACUGAAAUUAAAGUAAGUGUUCUUAAAUUUUAACCAAAUCACGGUCAUCGUUAUAAAGUGUCAAUAAAUCAUCAAACUGGUAGUGAUAGUUAAACGUUACCAAUAGUUGCCUAGUGAUAAUUCAAGAGAGAUUGGAAAACCUUCAUCACGGACAUUUGGACUUAUCUGCUGCUCUUCUGAUAAGAUGGCCGAAAAUGCUGGCUCAGCUAUCGCCGAAUUCUACAAGGGUCGGUCAGUGUUGAUCACAGGGGCGACUGGCUUCAUGGGUAAGGUGCUCGUCGAGAAACUGCUAUUUGGAUGUCCAGAUCUGAACAGAAUCUACGUCCUCAUCCGAAGCAAACGGGGUCUCCCCCCUGCUCUCAGACUGGAGGAGAUGUUCAAAGCACCAUUGUUUGAUCGUCUCCGCGUUGGCCACCCGGAGAGGUUCUCGAAAGUGACAGCAGUGGAGGGUGACGUCUGCCUGGCCGACCUGGGCGUAUCAGCCUCCAGCCGGGCCACCCUGGUGACGCAGGUCUCUGUCGUCUUCCACUGCGCCGCCUCCCUGAGACUGGAGGCCGGCCUCAAGGAGCUAGUCAACGCCAAUCUGGAAGGGACAAACCGCGUUCUCCAGUUGUGUUCCCAGCUUCAACACAUCAAGAUGAUGCUGCACCUAUCGACGGCUUUCUGUCAUGUGGACGUGGUGGAGAUGGAGGAACGGGUCUAUAGCAGUGACAUAAACCCUCAUGACGUCAUCAACCUGACCAAAUGGAUGGACGGCCAGUCAAUGGAUCAAGUCACACAGAGGUUGAUCAGCCCUCACCCCAACUGCUAUACGUACACAAAGCGGCUGUCAGAGACACUAGUGGAUCAGAGUAGAAAACAAAUACCAGUCGCCAUAGCCAGGCCGUCAAUUGUUACGCCAUCAAUAGAAGAGCCCAUGCCUGGAUGGGUGGACAACCUGAACGGACCAAUGGGAUUGCUCGUCGGGGGCGGGAAAGGUGUCAUCCGAACCAUGCACUGUCGAGGAGAGCUUUGCGCUCAAGUCAUUCCUGUCGACAAAGCUAUCAACGCUAUUAUAUCUUUUGUACCAACAGCCGUUGCUAUUUAUGACAAAAACAGGAACGCGGACACGCCAGUCCUGAACAUCACGCAGGAAGGCUUUGUGGACCCGGUGACUUGGUCGGAGGUGCUGGAUAAGGGCAAAUCGCUGUGCUGGAACCAUCCGUUCGAAAUGAUGCUGUGGUACCCGAACGGCAGCAUUCACUCCAGCUAUGCACUGCACUACCUCUGUGCCCUGCUAUUCCAUUGGCUGCCGGCUUACUUCAUUGAUAUCUUGAUGCUUGUCUUCCAACAGAAAACUUUUAUGGUGCGCAUACAGACGCGGAUCCAAGAAGGCCUCCGAGUGCUGCAGUACUUCACGACCAAAGAAUGGAAAUUCCACAACCGAAAUCUGCACAAAUUGCACAAAUCCAUGUCGGGCGUGGACAGGGCGGUCUUCCCGAUCGGCGCACCGGCCGAUUUCCAACUGGAAACCUAUCUGAGAGACUGCAUUCUGGGUGCCAGACUGUACCUGAUGAAGGAGAACCCGGCUACACUCCCGAGGCAACGAUGGGUCAUCAGAGGGUUAUACGUGCUCGAUCGCCUCGUCACCAUGCUAUUCUACCUGUUUAUCAUGAGAAUUAUCUACAAUAACUCUCAUUAUGUGCAGAGAUUCUUCAACAGUUCGACCACAGGAGCUGUUUCACUCACUCCGUUCAAUACCAGAAUAAAAUGAUGUAGAAUACAGUUCUACUAGGUCUACCACCUAUUGUGAGGUCCUCGUUAUAAUGGCAGUGUUCGAUCAGCAAUGGUAUUGCUAUCCUUGACUAUCAUUCAACACAGCGUAUAGCGCUUUCUCUUUUGCCUGUUGCCGGAUCGUUUUCAACAAUGUAGAAUCAAUAAUUAAUUAACAAAAUAUUUCUUUCAAUUGAAAUAAUAAUGAUAAAUUCAUUUAUUCUCCUAAUUAUUGAUACAUUACACAUAAUAAGAAAUUAAGAAAAGUAGAGUAUGUCUCAACAAUAUUGCAUAUUAUGAAAAAUAAAGAUAAUAAAAUUAUACAAUUACACGUUGUACAAGGAACUCACAAUAACUCAUUUACAUGAAUAGAAGAAUGGAUAAUUUCAAGUAUCCCGAGGACUGAAAGUCCUGUUUGGGGCACCAUCAUAUUCAUUAUGAAAUUAUUGAGAUAUAUUAUUUCUUGCUUGAUGAAAUAUAAUUGAGUAUUUUAAACGAGAAUGAACACUCAAAAAUCACAUCAAUAAACCCUUUAUCAGCUACCGUUUAUAGAUGGCAUUGACGAGACAGAGGAUCGACAGCGUUGUUCUUCUAUCUUUCUGCACUGUCAUUGUAACAUGGACCUCCCCACUAUAGUUUUCUGAAAUGUUUCAAAGUUUAAAAUAAUGUUUUAAAUAAAAAAG